CAGGCAGACAGGUCCGGGUGCAGCCGCGGUGGAUGACGAUGGCCGGUCGCCGAGGGCUCGUCCCACCCGUUCAAGGCCUGCUGCUCUGCAUCUUGGCUCUGCACAUCCGUCUCCAGGACUCUCUUGCCCCAGCAGAGCACAACACAGUUGCCAACAGCACCGUGGUGGCUGCCAAGAAUGCCUUGUGGGUUGCUGCGGCCACCAAGAACGCCUCAGUGGUGACCACAGCUGUCAAGAACACCACCAAGGAUGCCGUACUGGUGGCCACCAAGAAUGCCAGAGCAGUGGCCACCAAGAAUGCUGCAGUGGUGGCGGCCACCAAGAAUGCCAGAGCAGUGGCCACCAAGAAUGCCUCAGUGGUGACCACAGCUGUCAAGAACACCACCAAGGAUGCCGCAGUGGUGGCCGCCACUAAGGAUGCCGUACUGGUGGCCCCCAAGAAUACCAGAGUGGUGGCCACCAAGAAUGCUGCAGUGGUGGCCACCACCAAAGAUGCUGCAGUGGUGGCCACCACCAAAGAUGCUGCAGUGGUGGCCACCACCAAAGAUGCUGCAGUGGUGGCCACCACCAAAGAUGCUGCAGUGGUGGCCACCAAGAAUGCUGCAGUGGUGGCUGCCACCAAGAAUGCUGCAGUGGUGGCCACUGCCAGCAACACCUCAGUGGCUUCCACUGGCAAUGCCUCAGUGGCCACCAACAGCUCUGUCAAUGGUGCACAAGAGACAAUGCUCACCUGCCAGAGCUUUCAGUGCUCCGGGGAGAGGUGUUACCAGGAUGAAGCCCAUUCCAACAGAACAGUCACCUGCCAUAAUGAGACUUACUGUGAGCUUUAUCGUUUUUCCAGCACAAACUACACAGCCGGGUGCAGCAGCAGGUGUGGUGUGGGGCUGUGCAGGACCAACGGCAGUGAGAGCAGGCAGCAAUGUGCCCUGGAGUGCUGUGCCACCCCGCUGUGCCUGCAGCUCAACGCCAGCGCCUACGGUGACCUGCCACCCACCACUGCUCCGCCCAGGACCACCAACACCACCCACCGACCUCCCCCCCAAAACGGGAAAGUGUGCACAGCAUUCUCCUGUCACGGGGAGGGGUGUUUCAAAGGCAGGAAGACCAUUGCUAGAUGCAUCUUGGGACAGGACUUCUGUGAGAUGAAGAGGACGGGCUUGAAUUACAUGGCAGGAUGUAGCAAAGCCUGCAAGGCUGCCAAACCAGCCUGUGCCAGUGGGAUGAAGGCUGCCUGUUACCAGGAAUGCUGCCCAGCCACCCCGAAAGCCAGCUGUCUGAAACUGGAUGGCAAAAUUCAUGUCAAUACCGCUGGGCAAGUGACGCUGGCACCACUCUUGAAGGUCAUGGCAUGUGGUGUGGUCCUUCUCCUGAAUUACAGGGCCUUCACUUCCCUCCAGGGGUAGGCAGCAGUCGGGAUGCUCCACAGCCUACCCUCCUGCAGCAGAGCUCCACAGCACUCAGUAGGAUCCUGUUACUCUCUGACUUCAGCCAAGGCCACUAUCAAACACUCUCUGUCACAUUCCUGUUGUACUCAGGAAGCUACAGGAGGGAUUCUGCCCUGCCCUGCCCAAAUCCUGUAGGCCUGAGAGACCCGCAAACUAAUUGUGGAUCCUGAGAGCCAUGCAGUGUGUGCCUCCGUGCUGCCGGAAUGAGGGACCAGGAACGAGGUGUUAGGCCUCCUUAAAAAUCAGAAAAUUCUGCCUUGACUGAAGGCACAGGGGCUCCACUAGUCAUUGACCUGCUUGUGGUGCAGCCUCCCUGGACCCCCUGUGACCUGUUUAGUUCUGAGCAGUUUAGUUCCAAAUUGCCUCUUGCCUGGGUGGGUAAAAUGGUAACUCCAUGUUUUGUCUCCAAGUCCUAGGCAGGAAAAUGGGAUUACUCUAAAAGUGUUUCAUGUUUUAGAUGAUCCUGUUUCACAUCUGUGGUUUCCGUUGCUAAAGGCAGAGCCCAGAUGUGAGCCUGUGACAUGAAUGCCCCCAGUGCUUCCCCAGCCUGUUCUUCCAGCACACAGAGCUGGUGCAGAGCUGGUGGGGUAGAAUUCCCGGGAGUCAAGGUGCUCCCAGUUGUGCACACGUGCACGGUGCUGUCCCCUGCAACCGCUCUCCUCUGCUGCUGCUGGCUCCUUAGAGAAAAGAUUGCAAAAUAUUAAAGUCUGUGUA